AUGGAUACACUACUGAUGAUAUUGAAUUUUACUGGAAUGGAGGAGAAUCAGCAGUAACAGGAGUUAAUAACAUCGAGCUCCCACAAUUUUCUGUUGUUGAUUACAAGAUGGUAUCAAAGAGAGUGGAAUUUACAACAGGAGCGUAUCCUCGAUUAUCACUGAGCUUCCGGCUUAAAAGAAAUAUUGGAUACUUCAUUUUGCAAACCUAUAUGCCUUCCACACUCAUAACAAUUCUGUCAUGGGUAUCUUUUUGGAUCAAUUAUGAUGCUUCUGCAGCCAGAGUUGCUCUAGGAAUCACAACUGUGUUGACCAUGACCACCAUCAGCACCCACCUCAGGGAGACUUUGCCAAAGAUUCCCUAUGUCAAAGCAAUAGAUAUUUACCUGAUGGGAUGCUUCGUGUUUGUAUUCCUGGCCUUGCUGGAAUAUGCCCUUGUAAACUACAUAUUCUUUGGGAAAGGACCCCAACAUCAGAAAAAAGCAGCAGGCAGGGCAGGACAUGCUACAAGCAAGAAGAGCAGACUGGAAACAAAUAGAGUCCAGGUUGAUCCCCAUGGAGUCAUGCUUCUUAACUCACUUGAAGUACGAAAUGACAUCAGCAGUUCAGAUGCGUGCACGAGCCUCCGUGGCAGCCGCGCCACCAUGUACACAUACGACAGUGCCAACCUGCAGUACAGAAGAGCCACUUCCAGCAGAGACCUCUACAGUAGGAGUGCUCUGGACAGGCAAAGGCUUCAUAAGAAAGGACACUUACGAAGGAGGGCAUCUCAGAUCAAAGUCAAAAUCCCUGAUUUGACUGAUGUUAACUUGAUAGACAAGUGGUCCAGAAUGGUCUUUCCCAUCACAUUUAUUCUUUUCAAUGUUGUUUACUGGCUGUAUUAUGUACACUAA